CACAGUUUAGGGGAGUGCAUAUCAUUUACAUAUUAUCGAAGGUGCUUAGAUAUUGAUCCUGUAUUUCGAGGUAGUUCAAACUGAGCCAUUGGAUCUCCGGUUUUACCUUCUCAUUCGUCUGCGAGGAACGUUGUCCACUAACAAAAAUGCCUAAAAGAAGGUCGGAUACUCCUGAGGAGAAGGAGUCCUCCAAAGUCACAAAGCAAGAGCCGACCAGAAGGUCAGAGAGACUGUCAGUGAAACCUGUUGCACCCAGGCCUGAAGUGAAGCCAAAGAAGGCAGAAAAGGCCGUCGUCAAGAAGCCUAACCCUAACCCUGUUGAAGAGAAACCAGUGGGGAAGGCAAAGAAAGCAGUAGCCAAGGGCAAAACCGAUGCUGGAGUUGCCCAGAACGGACAGGUCAAGAAUGAGAUCUAUGUGUGUCGUCCCAGUGUAAGUGUGACUUUCACCAGAACCAGGGCUUCCUCCAUGAUGUCUGAGGGGUCAGAGCGAGACUGUUCGAGUCCAGGGAAACCGAAGAAGCCGAGAGCGUUACUGAAGAGAAGGCGUAAAUUAAAGGGAGGGAUUGUCCUACCUAGAUGAUCACUCUGGUUUCUACUCGAUGGCAGCAAAACAUCUCUUCUUCUUUUUUUUACCGAGGAUUUUGUAAGAUGAUUUUUUUCUAGACUCGUUUUAGUAAAAAAUGGAAAACCAGCAAUUCCCAUUCCCUGUCCACACCUGGUACACACUCCUUCGUUCAGGUUUUUCCGUUUUUUUUUUUCUUUGCCCCCCGGAAGCCCAGAUUUCUGUCAAGCAGCAUUUUUCCGAAAAAUCUCCACGGAAGAAUGCCAUCUUUUGAUUGAAUCGCUUGCAUGAGACUUUGGGUAUACCCAAAGGGAAAUUCCUCUGUAUGUCUACCUACCUUGAAUAAAACCAUUCUCUCCUUUUGUACCAAGAGGAGAGGUAUGCAACCGUGCAUGCUCCAGCAUCCCAAUCUUUCUAUAGACGGCAACUGACAUUGUUGGCUAUGCUAGCUACCGAGGUGGAACACUUACUCUUUUGCAAAAUAAUUAUAAUUGGGAAUAUAAUAUUUAAAGAAUCGUUGCAGCAUUUGCAUUGAUCAGUCAUAAUUAUAGUCUAAUAUUUAUACACAUACUUCUGUUUUAAAGAGGAAUUUUUCUUAAGGGACUUUUUGAACGAGACCGUAGUGUCUUCUAAAUUAAUGUGUUUUUUAGUUAACUCAAAAUGUGUUUCACACUGGUAUAAAAAAAACGGUUUUGAGAUGAAACAAUGAGAUGAGAUGAAACAAAAUAAACCUUUACACCUGCACCAUUUGAAACUUUUGGAAUAACUACAAGUGUAAUUCUAACAAUAAUAGUAAUAAUGUAUGCUUCUUGGGCAAUUAUUUUGAAAAUGUGGAUUCCUGUCCUCAUCAUGUGUAUUCCUAAUUUGUUCUUUAUUUUUAUUUUGAGAAAAGAUCCAUUUGUCAUAGAGAAGAGUGAUAAAGCAAUAAUGAGUGGUGCUUCUGUUUAGGAAGUCAGAUUUGCCAAUGGACCUUAUGGUCUCUUAAGUUUUCAUCCUGUUGAAAAAAAUAUUUUGAAAUAAAAUAUAAAGUUGA